AUGAGCAAGAAGACCAACAAACAUCCACCACCGUUGCAGCAGCAGCAGAACCUCUUGUAUAAUCAGGAUGGCGAAUACGUCGACACCUAUUUGGAGUCGCUGAGUCAGGACUGCACCGCCACGCAAACCACUUCCGAUUCCGAAUGGAAGUACGACAAUUGCGGCUGCGGCAUGAACAUCCCCUGGCACAUGAUCACCUACAAAAUGAAGCAAAACGAAAAACCUGAAUGCCCUCCAUGUCCCCCCACCGAAUCCCCAUCAAUGACCCGUCUGAAGGAAUUAACCGUAGGUCCCAUAGACCAGGAUCAAUUCAUCGAUCUCACGCAAGAAGUCCUCAACGAUCAACUGGCUACGGAUGACAUGACCAUCCCUGACAUCGAGAAACAAGUUAUCGAAGUAGCAGGACGAAAUGCCUCAAAAGUAGUCCAAGAAAACGACCCAACGGCCGUAUACAGGCCUAAACCAAAAGCAGAACAAGUGUACGAUCCAAAGGACGAACGACACAACGAGCCCUAUAUGGACAAAAUGUUCACGUACUUUCCGGGCUUUUUCGAAGAUUCUUCCAAGUGCUCCUCACGAAUUGAAAUGCCUUGGACUAACAUCCUGCUACCAAAGAACUGCAGCAUUCGUAAAACUUACAAACCUCCGAAGCAACAAAAAAAAACUUCAUGCGGGGAGAGAAAGCAUGCACCUCCUGUGAAAAAGGAAAGCAAAUCGAAAAUUCGUGUGAAAAAAAUUAGCAGAAUUCAUGUGCUGAACAGCAAAGAAGCCAUCGCUAUUACCAGCACUCUAUCCAAUCUCAUAUUAAACCCACCAUCAAAACCUAGUCCAGGCAGUUCGUACUCCCAAUCAUACCUUAUGAAGCCUAAAAAUAAAUCUAUAGAGAUGACAAACAGCAUAUCCCACGAAUCAAACCUCAUGAGCAUCUACAACUUAACCACACCCAAAGGGAGUAAAAAGAAGACAAAGAAAUCACAUGCAAGUAUACCAAUGGUAAAGUCCAAAGGAUCGAAGCAUUCUCUCAGUAAAGGAUCGAUAAGUAAGAGUUCAGUAUCCAAAGCCGCUAAGAUCAGAUCAAAAACUGAUCGAAUCACUUCGCUUUUGGAUUCUUGCAAGAAGGAAAUGGAACCUAUAAAAGAAGGUAUUAACAAGUUAAGAGCUAGGAUAAGGGAAUUGAAUUUACCGGAUUUUCACGAAACAAAACCGGCGAAUCCUUAUUGCAUGUCUUCAUCCUACGGGGCAAUGAUGGGUACCGAGCUAUCAUUCACCUAUUCACAAGCUAUGCCCAUGCAUUGCUUUCCAUGUCCACCCUAUUUCCAUGCACCAUUAUAUCCUCCAAUGCCCAACAUGAAGAGCGGCAUUACAAAAAGAGUAAAGCAUCGAAAUCAAAUUAACAGACAGACAUCAGUUAGCGAAACUGAUUCCGACGCAACUCCUUUCAGCGAUGGCGAAGAGGAGAGCUGCAGCUGUUUAGGUCACAGAGCCGAGAGCAAACAUGAUUCGAAGGCCAAACUUCCAAAAGAACCGAAGAAAUGCGAAGACGGUUGGGAUUUCCAAAUUGCCACAAGAAUUGGCCGCACGAAUUGCUUUGAGUUACCAACCAAUAACGAGAAACCCACCAAAAGGAAUAAAAGCAGAGGCCAGAAAAAUGCACAAAAUGAAGAGUUCUGCAAAUGCAACAAACGGAAAAGCAACUAUAAAAGCUGUGGUUACUGUCAAGAUUACGAGGAGUCUGAUAAUAAUAAUAAUAAUAAUAAUUGUACCAGACCAAUUGCGGAACCAGAAAAAACUAAUAUUUGCUGCAAAUGUAAAGAACACAACAAUCCAGAACCAACAACAACUACUAUGGAUUGGUUCUGCAAAUGCGAACAGAAAAAUGCACCUGGAAAUUUUAAAGUUUUCGAUCAAGUGGGAUGCUUUUGUCCUCCUUCCACUGAAGGUGAUUCGUCCAGAUAUACGUCUUGUGAUUGUUCGGUGGAGCGAGAUCUAAGUAAAACCGCACAAUACAGAAAGUCAAAUGAGUCCUCCGUGAGCUUUGCCGACUCGUGCACCUGCUCAACUUCUCGAGUUCAAAGCAAAAUACAACAGAAUACGAGUCAAAAGACAAUAGACGGAUCUUGCAACUGUUCUCUAUUAAACAAUCAAAGUCAGGUAAUACAGAGUCAAAAGUCUUUCCAACAGUCUGAGAUUAGUCUCAAGCAGAAGUGCGAUUGUGUCUCGACGAGGAAUCAAAGCAGAAGAUCAAUAGAUGAGUCAACGUUGGUUGUUAAGAAUACAAGUAAAAUGGAUGAGUCUCGUAGUGGCGGCGAAAAGAAGUGCUCGUGUUCAUCUGAUAAAAAAUACAAAUCAGAAGUGGAUGUGGUUAAGAAACCAGUAACCAGUAAAUUAACAAGAGAACCUAGCGAAGUUGGAGAAGUUAAAAGGAGAUGUCGAUGCUGCACUAAUUUGGAGACUGGUAAGAAAUGUACUUGUUCUUCGAUUAAGAAACCAGAAGAAUCAGAGCCGAAACCCAAGAAAAAAUGCGUUUGUUCUUCUAGUAAAAGUCCGGUCAGAGUUGAGGAUACAGAGAAACCUAAGAAAAAGUGCAACAGUUGUCAGACAUCUGCACCUCGUGCUAAUAAAUCUAAAACAAGUGAUUUGCCUCCAACAAUUAUCAAAGAAGAUAUGCAGUGUACAUGCAAAAAGAUUAUAGACCCAAUGGACGAAAAUAAACCGAAAUGUGCGUGUACAGAUGGUAUGUCUAAGUUGACCAUCACCAGCAGCAAAUCUGUGCAGAAAUCUGCAUCGAUUUCUGGAGAUGCUUCAACUACAGAUGGUACCAAGAAUGAUCCGAAAACCACUGAAGAUGUUAAAGAACCGGAUGCUGAUGAAAAAUCGUUAACUGACAAAGAAGUCUCGAACGAGCUGAAAAGCAAAAGUGGAUCUAUCUCAAAAAAUGUAACUUCAGCGACUCAGCAAGCAACAGCUAGCCAAGCAGAGGUUGCUCCUGAAGAAAAUGCACAAAGCGAAGCUAAUAUUGCAAGUCCUAAACUGCCGAGUCACGUGGCUUCGAAGGCUCUCGAGGAGAGACAGAAAAGCAAAAGUGGGUCCAUAACAAGCAAAGAAUUUUCCAAGCAACUCAAUGAAAGUUUGCAGAAAGUUAAAUCUGGGGAAUCGUCGAAGCAAGAAGUUGUUAGUUCAUCGAAACAGGACGUUCAGAAGUCUAGUAAGCAAGAUGUGCAAGGAUCAAGACACAGUUGCAAAGCGCGAAUUCCAAUUAAAAGGAGCUCAUACGAAUGCGAAUGCAGCAAUGAUGAACUACAAGUCUACCAUUCUCCGAAGGAAUUCAGCAAAGUUCCAUGCAAGAACAGGACCAGGGCUAGUUACAAUCGUAGAUCGCGCAGUUGCUUAUGCGAAACGGCCGGAGAUGAAUCCUCUUCAUCCAGUUGCGACUAUGUAUCUAAAGUUAAACCCAAAUCGAGGGCGAGGAGCUGCGAAUGCAACGAUAUUAAACCGUUGAAGCCGAAGCGUUUGAUAUGCCAAAAAACGUCAACUGACUCUAAAGAAUUCAACAGACCUAAAAGUUGCGAAUGCGAUUCAAAAGAUUCGCAGAAAUCUGCUCGGAAUCGCACGCACGAAAGUUCGUCGUCGUUCGAGAUGAAAAGAAAGAAAGAGCCAGAAUGCGAUUGCGAAGAAACCAAAAGGAACUUUGACAAUGCAAGUGAUUCAAAUGCUUGCGGUCAGGAGGUGGUAUCCACGAUAGAAUGCCCUGAGAUGAAGAAGCAAGAGCAACAAGAUAGUUGCGAGUGUCCGAGCAGUCAUUCUGGAUCAUCGGAUAAGAAAGUUGUGAACAAGCCUUCGAAAUUACCAACUUUAUGCGCGAAAUCUAGCGAUGAAUCCGAAAACAACUUGCAAAUACAGCAGUCCUACGUCAUCAAAGGUGAUAAGGUUGCUACUAGAACUGUGGCCAGUUGGGUGAGACCGUGCACGAAAGUGAUCAGGAAGUCGUUUGAAGAUGUGUCUUGCUCACCAUGCGAUGCCCUAUCAGGAUCUAAAGUUAACUUUAAGGCCAUUACCAUUACCAGUAAAGUGAACGUGUGUGGUACUACCACGCCACCGGCUCCUUCUUCAUCUUUAGCUAACACCAUAGAUGAGACACAAGGUUGCUUGGCAGUCUGUAACGAAAGCAAAUCUGAGCCUGAAUCUUCUGGAGUAGAUGCGUUAGCAAUGGGAACAGAAGAUAAGCAGGAUGAAGUGGACGUAGGAGUGGAAAAAAGCCAGGUGUCAACGAAUACGUCCUUCGUGAAGAAGAAGAAGAUCUACAAGGAAUCCAAAGAGACCAACACGGACAUGGACGACUGCUGCUAUGUCGUUCUUGCGAGCAGCGGCGUUUCGGUGCGCGUCCGUGGUUACCAAUGGUGCGCUCCCGGCAGUCUUGAUGUGAGUCACGAAGAGUAG